AGAAUAGCAGGUGACGCUACACAACAGUAACAGCUAUGUGGGUUUUAAAGCCUGCACUCGCGUUGGGGUUGUGGGGUAGCAGAGGAGUAGUGAGAGCAAUGUGUGCGCAGGUGGGAGAUUGGCAGAGUGCCAAGUCGAUCUAUGCGUUCUCUGCCAAGGACAUUGACGGCAAUGAGGUGUCUCUCGAGAAAUACAAGGGUUUUGUCUGCAUAAUCACCAAUGUAGCCUCUAAAUGAGGAAAGACCAGGGUAAACUACACUCAGCUAGCGGGAAUGCACGCCUCCUAUGCUGACAAAGGUUUACGCAUCCUGGCCUUCCCCUGCAACCAGUUUGGAGGACAGGAGCCAGGUACUGAAGCAGAGAUCAAAGAGUUUGCCAAAGGAUUCAAUGCAGAAUUUGACCUCUUCAGCAAGAUUGAGGUGAACGGAGAUAAUGCUCACCCUCUCUGGAAGUGGAUGAAGGCACAACCCAAGGGCAAAGGAACUCUUGGAAAUAACAUCAAAUGGAACUUCACAAAGUUUCUAAUAGAUAAAGAAGGGCAGGUGGUGAAAAGAUACGGCCCAACAGAUGAUCCCAGUGUUGUUGAGAAAGACUUGCCCAAGUACCUGUAAUGCUGCUGACUCCUACAUAACCACCUGAAACCUGGCUCUGGAUUUCUGGAUAUUGAUGGGUGUGUCUGGACCAAUGAAGGCCUGUCUGUAAACCCACAAGUGGGAAGGUCGGGCCGGAUGAAACCCAGCGUGCACCUAACCCCCAGAAUCCACCCAUACAAUGUCCAGCGUGAGCACAGGUGGAAGACGUUGCCUAACAGUAUUCACUUUGCAAUGUGAGCAGAGAUCCUUCACUUCUCAAAUAAUCAACCGGACAUUUCUUUUCUAACAUCAGUUUCAUAUGAUUAAGUUUCAGCUGUCAACAUCUGUGUAGUUCUUAUGGACUGUUAGACCCCAGAAUAUAUUCACUUCUGUAAUUCUCCAUUACUGUUGUACAUGCAAAACAUCUGCAUAAGUGUUGUCUGACCACAGACCUGUUAUCAUAAAUGUGUAUUUCACAUUUCCUGUUAUCUGCUUACAACUCAUCAUCAAUCCAGUUUUGCCUCACUUGAAUCAGUAAUUAUAUAAUUUAUUUUUUUCGUGUCGAUGAAAUUAGAAAAUAAAUGUGUAAAAUGA